AUGGAAGCAUUCCAGUUGCUGUCGCGCGGCGGAGCGAAGUUCGACAAGCACAGGUUUAAGAGCGACAUGCGGCUGUUCAACGCAGCAAAUAUGGAAGAGAAAGGCAAGGGCGUGGCAGGCGCGGCCGACGGGGAGAUUCCACCGGAGCUCGAUUUUUUCAAGUAUGCGCAGGGUGGGAGCGCAAGUGCAAGUGCCAGUACUAGCGUGAAGCGGAAAGCGGCGGGCUCUAGCAAUAAAAAUACCCGUUCAGGUGAUGCGGGCGCAUCUGCCAAACGGCAGCGCGUAGAGGAUGAGGACGUGGCUGAAGGGGAGGAUGAGGACGCGGCCGAGGGGGAGGAUGAGGACGAUGCCCCCAUGCCCCGACACCGCGUCACGACGAAAGGCUCGAACGUGCCGGAGCAUGUGGACACCUUCCAGGAGUUGAAAGACAGACACCACCUGUCUUCACACCUUCUUGCCAACCUCGCGCAGAGCGGAUACAAGCGGCCAACAGGUAUUCAGUCCUAUGGAAUUCCUAUCCUCAUGGAGUCCCGGGAUUUAGCUGCAAUAUCUCCGACGGGCACAGGAAAGACAUUGUCAUAUUUAUUGCCCGUCGUCUCAUCCCUCGGUGCUCCUGCGUCUAGAGCGAAGAGCGACGCAGGGAUGGGGGUACGCGCUCUGAUCCUCGCGCCGACACGCGAAUUGGCGCAUCAGAUACAUAAUGAGUGUCUCAGGCUCACCCAGGGACGCAAGUGGCGGAUCGUACUCUUCAGUAAAGCGACCGCAAGCACCCUCGCCGAGAAGAGCGCACGCGACCGAGUCGAUAUCAUUAUUAGCACGCCACUGCGUCUAGUCGCGGCGCUUCGAGCGGAUCACAUCCAGCUGGACAAUGUCCGACAUGUAAUUUUGGAUGAGGCCGAUCGUAUGCUAGACGCGGAGUUCUUGUCUCAAAUUCAGGAGGUUAUCGCUGCAUGUACACACCCUAAAAUUCAAAAGGCUGUUUUCAGCGCUACCUUACCGGCGGGUGUGGAAAAAAUUGCGAUGGGCAUGCUGCGCGAUCCAAUACGGGUGGUCGUCGGGCUGAAAGACACCCCCCUUCCGCUCAUCGCGCAAUCACUGACGUAUGUAGCAGAUGACUCGUCCAAGCUGCCGACUCUCCAGCAAUACCUCUCGCAGCCGUACAACCCUCCUGUGCUCAUCUUCGUAUCGUCGCAGCCACGGGCGACAUCGCUCGCAGAGGAACUCGUCCUGAGUGGUGUCCCAAACGUCGACUGUCUGCAUGCGGGAAUGAGCAUGAAGGAGCGCGAAGACGCCGUCUCGCGGAUGCGGCGCGGGGAGAGCUGGGUAAUGGUCAGUACCGAAGUCAUGGCGCGCGGAAUGGACUUCAAGGGCGUGAGGGAGGUCAUCAACUAUGAUUUCCCGCAGAGCGUGCAGAGCUAUGUGCACAGGAUCGGUCGCACGGGACGUGCUGGUAGAGAAGGAAAGGCAGUGACGUAUUUCACGGAUCAAGAUGCGCCAUUCCUGAAAACAAUCGCGAACGUUCUUCUCCAGUCAGGGUCUCCUGUCCCGGAAUGGAUCCUCAAGUUGCCAAAACCUUCCAAAAUUAAACGGCGUGAGAUGGGUAAGGUCAGGCGUGCGGAAGCUGUCACACAGGCGAGCAGGGUCGGUCGACAGGAUGCUCUCAGGAAGAGGGAUAUGAUUGCCGCAUCGAAGCGCAGGAAAGAAAAGGCCAGGGAAACGAUGAUGGCGGGGGAGGGUGCCAGCGACAAUGGAGAAGGCCACACUGCCUGA